CUUACGUGAACUUUGAAAGUCCACGGAGUGCUUCGCCCUUACCUUAUUUACCACAAGAGCAUUGUACAUUAUGACAUAAUGCAUUGUGAUUGUUCAAGGCAGUAAGACUAAUUAAUGCCUUCUUCCCAACACUAAGACUAAUUCCCUAAACCGAAUAUCAUAAGUCCACUUUAUGGCGGUUCUUUGUAAAUUGCUUGAUACUAUUGAGGAAGCAAAGAGGGUCAACGUGGUCGAUAUUUGGGUGAUCUUAUAAAGAGCUCGUUGCUAAUCCAGAUUAAACGAUUUUGGAUGAAGAGUCUGCCAUGAAUUGAACUCGGAAUUUGGUGGCCCUGAAAAAGCACUAAAGAGCUCUAUGGCGUUUCAAGAUCAAGGCAUUCGAACCUCAUUCAUCAAGAAUGCAGUUCUUCGCUUGGUUUACUUUUUCGAUCUUGGCUUCGUUUUCGUUCGUGUCAGGCGAAAAAAACAAACGUCACUACGACCACGGAUAUUUUAGGCCUAGUUACAGAGGGCAUAAGAGUGUUCCACUCCCAGUGGGAUGUCAAACCGAAUUCGCCGCCUACAAAAGUUCCGUGUGUAUUCCCACGGUUUCUCGAAACUGCCAACAAGAGUCGGUGCCAAUAUCUCGGAUUAAAAUGGAGCAGAAAUGCACGGAAUUGAAAGUUCCCGAAUGUCAAGUGUCAAAAAAGGAGAAGGUAGUGGAGAUCUGCGGACGAACCUUUGAGCAGAUUGAAGAGAAAGACCUGAUCAAAUCUUAUAAGGUGGACUAUGCACAUCGUUGCGAAUAUCUGAAUCACACAAUUUGCCCCUAUGAGACGAAAUACCCAUAUCGUCAUGCCUACGGAUACCAACACACGAACCACCAUUGCAAAGAGGAGCUAAGGCAACAAUGUUUCCAAGUUCCAUUUGCCCGUCCAUUGGAAGUGGAGAUGACCUUUGUCUAUCCCAAGGAAAAGGAGGAAUGCUCAUCAGAAACCAUUGAGUUCGCUACUGUUGAAUGCGAUGAACAAACCGAGGAGUUCUGCACUCAAAUCCCUGUUCUGGAGCAGGAUGAGCAAAUAGUUCAGACUUGCCAGGUGACUCUGGAUGAAGAGAAGACUUGUAAAUAUGUGGAAUUCACAUUGCCCAAGACAAUUUGUCGAUCCCGACCCAACCCAUUCGAGAUAUAUGGCCAUGAACAAUAAUAAUGAAUACGUAUAUAGUUGAAAUAUGUGUCUGUUUAAUUACAAUAUUCUUAUUGUAGUACUACAUUGCAGUCUGAGUUUGUUGUUUUUGAACGGCUUGAAUACGCUCAAUUCCAUGGGGAUUUUCCCUCAGUGAGUGAAAUUCCCUAUCUUUAUUUAUUCAAUCUCAUCUCCAUCUCAAGGGACUUGCCACAUUUAACAUUUUGAGUCUUUUGAACCCUUGGCUUUGAUGACUUCGAAUGGUUUCUAUGUUUUGGAGUUGUUCCUGCAGAAACCUUUUGGGGUCAACAAAAACCUUUCCGGGGGUCUACAUAUACAGUAUACUUUGCCAGGUACGACAUGCACCAUGAGGUUUUUCAUAUAUUAUUACGCAAUCUGACCAUAGAAAAGAAACCCACAACAUCCAUAACUGACAAUGCCGUAAUUGAUUACUGAUUACCCAGAUCACAAUGAAAGCCAAAAUGGAUGGAUUGGCCCGAUGGACAAUUCCUGAUUACCAAGAUAAUGGCAAUUUACCCAGUGUGUUCAUAAAACCAUGAUAUGACUUAAAA